AUGCUUACUUCCAAGAUAUGGCUUAUUCACUUUACUCAAGUUGUCUUCAUCCCAGUGAUCUUUGCAGGAUUUUGGGAUGAUAAGCACACAGUAGAAUUCUACUCAGACAUCAUUGAUGCAGAACCAAGCAUUGAAACUAGUUUUUCAAAACCUGAUGGCCUUUCAAUGCAGGACAGAAUAUAUCCACGACAGAUCAGUUAUGAUCCAAUUUCUUUCAACCAAGAUAUAGAAUAUGGCUGGGAUCACUUCUGUGCAGAUCACUAUCAUACACCGGACUUCCAUUCACAGGAUAGCCUAUUUCCAAGUCAAGAAUCAAGAGAUCAAACUGAAAAAGAGAUGGAAUUGGAAACAGGCACUACUCAAGUGAGAAGUAUCUCACCAAGAGAAAAUGUAUCAAUUGGUAGAAUGGGAAAGAGUUUUGGAAGCACCAAUACACAACCCUUGAAUGAACCAAUUGUGGCUUUUGAACAACCUUUGAUGGUUUGUCAAGACUCUGAAACCAUGCAGGUGAGAAGUAUAUCAGCAAGAAAAACUUUACCAAUUGAUAUCAUGAGAAACAGAUUAGAAAACACCAAUCAAGACGAAUCAACUGAGACUCUAAUACCAUCUGAACGGCCUGUGAGGGUACAGAGAAACAUUGGAACCAAACAUAAGCUCAAUCACCUUCCUGAAGCAAGACAUCAAAAGAAACACAAAGAAAAUGAUACACCUCAAGAGAACAUGCAACUUGAGAAGAAAUUACAAGACAUUAAUCACCAGAAGCAUCACCACUAUGCACAUGAAAUCACAUUGAGCUCAGUUCUUCAAUGGCAAUGUAGAAUACUAUUGGCCAAGAGAUACAAUGUCUCUUACAAAAUUGCAAGAUUUUUCAAUAAUUUAGAAAAAUCCUACAUGCUCAUGCCAGAUCAUAGCUUAUAUAGACUCAGAAAUUUCAGUCAAUUCCAUAUAUCUAUUGAGAAAUUGAGGACCAGCCUUGUAAUGGGGAGUAUAGGUGCUUUGAAGCUCAUAGUCCAAAGACACAUUGGAUUGGAAUUGAUGAACUCAUUGAUUCUUGAUUUAUGGGAAUAUCUUCAACAGUUUAUCAAUGAUGAGUUGAUGUUGUCACCAAAAGAGACUAUUAUAAUGUCAGCUGAGAAGCAAAAAAGACAAAAACACAACUGGAUCCAACCUGGAGAACUCCUUGAAUAUUUAUCAAAUCUUGCAAACAGCUCUCCAAUAUCAUCAAAGAUUGUACACCUAAAAAUCCAGGAUUGGGCUACCACAACCACCUACAAGAAUAUGAUCUCUGGUAUUGCUACAGAUUAUCAGUCACUUGUUGAAGAAUGUGAGACAUUUUACAAACAAAAAGGAGAAGACAAGACUGUUUAUUACAAAAACAAAAAUAAGGCCAGAAAUCACCACAUAUUGCAAGAUAACUUAACCAACACAUCAACAAGAUUGAUCCCAAUCCUCUCCUCUUCUCAAUUAGUCCAGGCUCUCAAGAAGCUAGGAUGGGAUGUGGCUAGAAGCAAGUAUACUGUCACCUUCUUUUCAUACCUUCACAGUGUUAUAGAAUCCAAUCCUGACCCAGAAAAGAGUCUUUACAAUGAUUCAAAGGAUGUCCAGGAAGGAGCUCAGAUAUUAAACAAAAAAAUGGUUCAUCAGGCAAUCCACUUAGCACAAAAUGAAGUGACUCCAGCAUUCAUGGGUCUUUUGCGGCUGAUGCAUCAUGAUCCAGCAAUAGACGCUGAUUCAACUUGGAAUGCUGUAUCUCAGAGUGGUUGGGAAUUUUUGAAAGAGUAUUUUUCUACAUGGAUUAGAUAUCUUUCAGAACCAGAUCAUCAUAUCUUGGUGAUUCCUCCUGGAAAAGCUAGGGUGUUGGAUGAAUGGUUUGAUUUGAAAGUAACACUGAAUUAUCUAAGCAAAAAAAGAGAGACAAACACAGUACCACAAGGUCUGAUUUGGUUUCUGGCAGAUGUGUGGUAUGAUGAAAUGAAUUGUCCAGAAAGUAAUGGCAAACAAUCACCAAGUUUUAGGAUUCUUCCUCCACACAGGAAAGUUAUAGAACAGAGGUGUCUCCAAAGAAUGCCAAGGAAAGACUGUUGA